AUGCAAGAAGGUAAAGAGGGGGUUGAUCCAACUGAGACUGAGUUUAAACCCGAUUCAUGCUCGAGCUUGACGCUUGCUGGACCUGACUUAGUCUUAGAUAAUGUCAAUUACUUCUUCGAUAAGAAAAGCAAUAUGAGUGAGUUUGGUUGGAAUACCCUACAACCAGACCAUGCCGAUGAGUUUGAAAAAAUAGUCAACGUAAAACGUUUUACCGUCAAUGGAAAACUUUGGCUUAAACACGGUAUUUCGACUUACCGUUUGGAAAAGGGUAAGUCGAAAUCCAAAGCUUUCUCGCGACCCUUGCUCCACACAGAGAACACCGUAAAUUCUUUCUCCCGUCCUUGCUCCACACCGGCGACUGUUUGGAAUCCUUUUCACCGGCGAGGCGGACGGUCGUCUUCUCAGAGUGUUAAUAGAGCUAUGAAUCCUUGGGCUCUUCAUCUUCAAAAACUGGGUCUGGAGCUUAAAUGUUCUCUCUGUUUGAAUUUGUUUAAACGACCAUUGUUGAUGCCGUGCGACCAUCUGUUUUGCGAUACGUGCAUAGCCAGAACUGAGUUUUGCUCAGAGUGUCCUAUUUGCAAAGAUCAAUCUGCAGAUCGAGUUCCUUUUGAUCAAGUUUGCGAACAUGAUUGGUGCAACUGUAUCCAAGUUUUGGAAGCCGGAUGUCACUCAUGUGAUUGCUUCUACAGAUGGGAAUGGUGCAUACACCAUGACACUUCAAACGGGAAGUGGAUUCUUAAUAUAAAUUGGGUAAAGGAGUGCUUGAAAGCCAUGCAUCCUUUGAGUGAGGAACCUUACAGUUAGUCUCGAUAACCACAGGUGUCGUGAUGGCCCUAAAACUGGCAGACUCGAUAUUAAAUGAUGCACCAAAGCUCUUUGAUGGCUUUAACUUUUAUUUUGUGGGCGAUUUCGUGUCUGGUUACAAGGAAGAUCUUCAAAAUCUGGUUGUCACCGCGGGUGGUAUUGUUCUGAUGAGAAUGGAGGAACUAAUCGAACAUAAUAACAGCGGUGAUCAGACAUCUCAAGCAAAGAUGGUUGUUGUGUAUAACCUGGAUGCUCCCCAAGGAUCCGAGUUAGGAGAAGAGGUUUCAAUUAUUUGGCAGAGGGUUAGUGAAGCACAUGAUUUAGCCUAAAAAAUUAGAGGAACAAGUUACUUUCAAAUGUGAACUUUAAUGUGUUGUAUUAUUAUUUAUGAAUUAGACAAUAUUUUAGCUCUAAUGUGUUGUAGUAUAGAUUCAGUAUUUGUAUUGUUGGUUUGAUGUGUUUAGCACUAAUUAUGAAUUAGACUAUGUAUUAUCACGGUUGGAUAUUAUUGUUGGUUUAAUGUGAUAAACCCUUUAAUUAUAUA